AUGGCUGGUUUCCAGAAUUCAAAUAAGCUUUAUACCGAUUCAUCUAACACCAAUACUGCAUUAACAACUGCCAGCGCUCAUUACAAACAAACGAAACAACACCACCCUACCACGCCGACUUCUCCGGCUCCUACACUCUCUAACAACACGACGACGACGCCAGGCAAUAAAACCGAAUCUCGAAUUACCUCUUCGAACUCCACUACCUCCACCACGACGACAAAUACUCAAACCUCGAAUAAUACCUCCUCCAGCAACCCAAACUCACCCGCUGGUUCACGUUCAUUAACCUCGACCGCUACUCAAACAAGUCCUGCUUCCUUGCCUCACUCCGCCUUUUCUCCAUAUAAUCAAAUUCCACAGCAACACCCUACUCCUGUGACAACUCCUACUGCGACAAAGAACUCCAUUUCUUCACAACAAGAACCUUCCACUAUGAUGACUACUUCUCAUUUGGACAACAGCGGCAGCACCACCUUGAUCUACCCACCUCACACACAUUUCGCAAACCCUACCUCACACCCAUUUUGGCCGCCAAACCAGUGGGGUUUCAAUGGUGCGAAUGGUACCGCGGUUUUAUCGGCUAAUGGUGGAAGCGCUUUUGUUCCUGCUGUAGGUUACAGCCCUGCGGCUUCAAAUAUUGCUCCAGGUCAUGCCCCAAGACCAAAGCUUACUACAACCAUAUGGGAAGACGAGGGAACGUUGUGUUAUCAAGUUGAUGCUAGAGGCAUCUGUGUGGCGAGACGACAAGAUAAUGAUAUGAUCAAUGGAACAAAACUUUUAAAUGUCGUCGGCAUGUCACGUGGUAAACGUGAUGGUAUCUUAAAGAACGAGAAAGGAAGAGUGGUGGUCAAAGUUGGAGCAAUGCAUCUUAAAGGUGUUUGGAUUACUUUUCAACGCGCAAAGACUCUUGCGGCCCAAUUCAAGAUCAGUGAAUUGCUUUACCCAUUGUUCGUGGAUGAUCCCAGUAUCUUCUUACACAAUUCAUAUGGUCCUCCAAUGUCCACAAGAAUCCCAUCGAUAGGUGGAGGUCCUACAUCACAAUGGAGACCCACCCAUCCAUAUGCCAAUAAUUUUAACAAUGCAGCUCCAUACUCGGAAACUACUCGACAGUGGUACCCUUAUGGAAAUGGAAAUCUAAUGGGAUCACCCUCAACACCACAGGGCCAAGAGCAUGGUUCGGCACCAUAUCCACCAAAUGCAGGUUACCCAGAUCGUUCCGCUAAUGUGGCAACACCACCUGCUGUACCGAUAUAUUCAACUCAUCCUCCAACGAGGAAUCACAAUGCUCAUCCACAAGCUCACCUAGAGGAGUACGAAACAAGUUAUGGCUUGAUAAAUGGACAGUCUCAAGGACAGCAAGGAGUAACUGUGGUUUCGGGUCCGGCGGUGAGUAGUUAUAAUCUCUCACCUACCGAAUUCAAGAAUUCAUCGACGGCUGGUUUUUAUGCUAUCCCACAAAACGCGGGGUAUUUUGGUCAUCAUCAGCAAAGACCAACGCCACCACCGUCUACUUAUGACGUUUCCAUUAAUCGAAGUAGUACUAACUCCCCAAAUUUAUAUAAUACUCACGUAAAGACUGAGGACAAUACUGCUAGUAACGGUAACGGUUACAUACGAUCCGGUCAAGGCCUUUAUAAUCUUGUUUCGGCUGCCGAUGUUGUUGGAGGAAGUCCCGCUCAAGGUGGUUCACCUCAACUUAUUGGUCAAAAACGUAGCUUCGGUGAAGAAGAAAACGAUGAUUACAAUUCCGUUAAUAAUUCAAGUCAGCCAAGUCCACCACUUGCUAUGCACCCUCCACCUCCAUUGAGCAGCAUCGCUGUCAGCACUGCUAUGAAUGUGGCCGCAGGAUCUUUCCCAAGUCCAAUGCAUGUAAGCCCAAACUCAUCCCCCGGAAAUUCAGCCUUUACUGGAUGGAAUCAUUCCGGUAAACGUGUAAAAUACGAACAAUUCCCCGAGGCCACAACGCCAUCAUCCGCUCAAUCUUCGCCACGCACAGCUGGAUAUCAGUUGCCAGUCUUGGGGACUGGGCCAGCGACUCCAGGUGCCAACCCUUCCACUCCACAAGGAUAUACCAAUAGUAAUCUUCAAAUGGUGACAAAUGCACAAGGAAGUCCACAUCAUUACACAUCGGCUUCCAACAAUAAUGGAGGUCCUGCUACUGGAACGACAACGCCAACCACCGAGGGUUUGGACCGUUAUUUCGAACAGAGUACCGUAUUACACACUCCAUCACCUGAUAGCGGUGUUAGUACACCAGCAGAAGAGUCAAACACAAUUAGCACUCGACGUUACGAAUAUCGAAGAGAAGAACCUCCUGCUAACGAAGAACUUGCUGGUGAACCUUAUACAUUUGAAGUGAAAAAAGACAGGGAAUAUAAUGAAGGGCUGUACGACACGUUGAUAGAUAUUCUUUGUGAGUUGGCAGAAGAAAAGCUUCAGAAGGAUUGUGGAUUGAUUAAAGCGUUGGUACCAUUAGGUGCGACAGAAGAGGAUAUACAUAGCAAGAUUUUUUUAAGUCAGGAUUAUAUGACAAACGAUAAAAUGAUUAUCUUUAUCCCUGGAACAUCUCACAAAGUUGGCAUUUGGUCGAGAAGAGUGCUCUCGGAUUCUUCUGUCAUGGAUGGUUCAAUGAUCACCUACACAAAACGCGCCAGGGAAUUGGGAUUUGCGGUCGUAAUUACGAACCCGAAUGAAGUGUUUUGGUAUAAGGGUAAAGGAGUAUUGAUUUUACCAAAAACGAGCGUUACGUUUGAUACUAUACCCGGAAGUGAAUCACCAGAGGCCCAUGUGAAUUAUGUAUUUAAAAACUUUGUUAUACCUUCCGCUGCGGAAAAAAUAGUCGUUGUCGCAAAUAGUUAUGGAGGUCAUUGUGCAGUUGAUGCCAUUCAAAAUAACUUCGAUGCUUUGCUUGAUAAGAUUAAGGCAGUCGAAUUUACCGCAUCAACUCAUUCGAUUGAUUUUGUCAAAUCCGAUAAGAUGAAAGUUUGGAUCCGAGAGCGUUGUAGAAAUUGGCUCAUGUCCGAUCAGCCGAUCGGUCAAGAAGUCAUCGACCCUAGGUUCGGUUGCAUUUCGGUCUCAUCAGGGUCCGAACUGAAUGAGUACGUAACUUCCAUGGUCAUUGAUGAGAUAUUUAACUUCAUAGAUAAACGAGUGAUCAAAGAGAUUUGUGAUGAUGUUGGAUCCGAUUUGGAAGAAGAUCCGGAACUUUUAAGUCGAGAAGCGGACAUAUUGAUUAAAAAUGAAGAUUCCUAUAAAAUUUUUUCAGACGAUGAUGAUAAGAUUGUAUUUGAAGAGGCGGGUCCUG